AAUAACAGAAGGAAAAGUGUGAUGUAAGAAUUCAAUAUAAUAUAAAAAUUAUGAGUUCAUUUAAUAUCUAACCAUGAUAUAUUAGCAACUCAUUCGUGUCUCAUAGGAAAAUGACGCAUUUACGCGCAAUCGCCCACCACGUGCAUUCCGUCCCAGUUGAACUAUAGUUCAAGCAGUGUAGUUGCUGGUGGAACAGCCGGUGUUCCACACGCUGAAGUGUCGUGUGACGUCCAGCCUCCCAGUCGUCGCGGUCGUUUUGUGGACUUUAGCCUGCUUCAUUCUCAUGCUUUACAUUAUUUCAAACGCUGUAUACUUUUUGCUAACCUUUCGGAUAUUUUGCCAUGGUAGAAGUUGAGCAAGUCUAUCCUUACUUCUCGAGCGUACACUGUGGUAACGGAUCUACUUUGAGAUCUGGAGUUCGAGCUUACCAUAACACUCAUGAAGAGCUGAUUCGGACAUCUCGCAUUCCAGAACGAGCCGAUUGCAGUCAUUCGCGCUCACAUCCUGAUCGUUUUGCUCAGUUGAAAACCCCGACAUCGACCGAAAUGUCACCAUUCAGCUCUGACUCGUCGCGCGUCAGCACACCUUCCGUUAACGGAAACCAGGUCGCAUCUGAUUACGUUUCGAGAAAGGCCAAGCGUAUUUCAAGACUUUACUCUGACCAGUCCUCAUUUAUCCGAUUCCAAGCUUUGGAGGUGGAACCAGCUAUACUGGAUUAUCUUGUAGUACACGGCGCACUUUCGGAAAGCGUUAGUAAACAGAUUUUGUGUGCCGACAGACACCAAGGAAGGUCUCUGCUGUUAGCCUCCUUGGGCCUGCCGUCACCAGAAGAUACGCAAUGUGCUGCGCAUUCUCCCAAUUCCAAUUUUUCCACUGGACUAGCUCUGUUACUUAACGCUCUGCGACAUACUGGACAUCACUCUCUUGCAAGUUUUCUCGAUUGUGGCCGCCGUAUCACCCCUUUAACGACCAGCGAUUCUGUUCUAACUCCAAUACAAGGUGAAACUGACGGUUCAACUCCUCGUCGUCGUGGACAACUCUCUGUUUGGAUCCGGUUGGAAGCCAUCAAAGUAAAUCCGGAUGAAUAUCAUGAGUUUGCUUCACAAGUAACCGGUGCUGGUGACUCUGAUUACAAGAAUGGAUCGAAUAACCCGUUGAGUUCGGAACCCCAUCCUAACGGUAUUCGGCCUACCUAUGUGCCCGUUUUGCCUUCUUUUGUGGAAUACUUGCAACUGGACAAGAGCCCAAGUAGACUGAACCAGAACGAUGCAGAACGGGCAACUGCUCCCACUGUGUCGGUGUGGAUUGAUCAUACAUCUCCGCUCGCUACUUCUGACACUGGUCCCAAGUUAAUUGACCCAACCGAUCGAUUGCCGGAAAUGAAAAUCCCUCGCCGACCAGUAGGCUGUUUUGCCAGAUUACGCUCUUUACUCCAUCAUACCCGCAAGUUAAAGAAACAGACGAAGUCUUCCACCGUCAACCCAAUACUUCAGUCGGCAGUUGAACCAACACCCGGUGACCUGGUCGCUGUGCCGACAAACGCAUCAUCAGCUACUCCGCUUUCUGGUGCCUCAGGAGAGCAUACUGCGUCGGUCAAAGGUGCCACAACAGCGACGAAACUGGCGCUUUUGGUCAAAAAAUCCGGCGAAUUCUACUCCACAUUACUUGAUCCUUCCUCAGCGCUGCGCGAUUCGAUCGUUCGAUACUUCGAACAGUCAUGCGAAGUAUUGGUACUCGAUAGCCGCCUUGCUGCAUGCCCACUGGAACAGGUAACCGAUCCAAACUUGAAAAAUACGGAUCUCGCAGUUCAAGUACUUGUCGUUGCAACACGCUCAGACCUUGUACAACGUUUAUCUGACGCAUGCAAGCCAAACAUGCACUUAGAAUCUACUACUAUCCUCCCCCCAGCGGUCCCGUUCCCCGUCUCUAGGCUAGCGAACGAAUUAAGACAAAUCAUAAUCCAGUCAGGCGCUCUCUCUUUUUUGAAACUUCAAGAUCUGCGUCUGUAUGUAGGACUAGAUUCCAAUGAAGUUUGUAUUGCAAUCGAAGAGUUGAAUGACCUUGUCGAGUGA